GUUCACAAGAAAAAAUCUAUAAUUAAUUUGCAGACUUACAAAAAUACCAAAUAUCUUGCCAAGAGCAAGAAAGUAAUGUUAGCAAGUUAAAAUUUCUUUGUUCUAAACCUAAUAUUAAUAUUUUUAUGAUUGACUAAAAUUUGCACGCGUUGCUAUAGCAACCAAGGUCAAACUCACUGCUUCAACAUGGUUAAAAAAAAGUAAGUCAAAUAAGGCUCAAUUAAUAACAGCUACAUUUUCAGAUCUUUCUUUAUCUUUACAUAGAAAAACUGAUUUGUUUGAACCAUUAUUGUAACAAAUAUUUAGUUUUAAAUAUGUAAAAGUUAACGUAAGAAUGGCACUAUCGAAUGGAUUUAAAUAUACGACCGACAGCGAGAACCCUCUUUGGCUAGAAGGUAUUAACAAGAAACUGAAAGAAACUCACAUCAAAAAUGGCAGUCGUAUAUCGUCUCCAAAUUAUGAAAAAACAACAAAUUCUAGAUUAGAUAGCAGAUCAACGCGGCGGACAUCAUUAGACGCUGCUAUCGACAUUCAAAAGAAACAGAAAAAGCACCCAAUCGCACAUUCUGCAGGCACACUGCGACACAAUCAUGCCCAAGAUCGUGACAAAAACAAGAAGCCAAAUGCGAGGCCCAAUAAAUUAGACUGGGGCGAUUCCAGUGGCCGUAAUGACGUCACCAAUCAUUUUCUAUCCGACCUUCUCCCGCAUUACGUCACUCCACGACACAGGCCCCUGAACGCAGACAAUGAUUUUAACGAUGUUAUUGUUGGACGCAGGCAUGAUACAUUUAAACCAAAUAAAACGGUUCCUGAAGAGUACAGAAGUAUCGCACAUCAUACAAACAGACCAAAGAAAUCUGUUGCUAAAAAUUUUACAAAGAACACUUCUAAAUUGACUCCAAAAGAUAUUGAAAAAGUUAUGAACGAUUUUGUGAUACCGGAAUUACCACAAGGAAGAUUAUUGGAGAUAAAGAUUUUCUCCAACUGGGGCGAUAAAUUUCUGGUCGGUUUGAAUGGAUUAGAAAUUUUUGACGUACACGGUGAAGCGGUGAAUAUAGAAAAGAUAUGGUCAGAUUCAGAGAGUGGUGACUGUACGAGGUAUGGUCGCACAGAGAGCAUCAUUGACGGCGUGGUGCGCACCACUGAUGACCUGCACAUCUGGAGCGCGCCCGUGCCCGCCAGCGCGCCCAUCGCCCUCAGUGUGCUGCUGGCCAAGUGCACCACACUGGCGCUGCUCAGGUUGUGGAACUACAAUAAGUCUCGUAUAUAUUCGACGCGUGGUGUUCGUCUGGUACAAAUCAAACUGGACGACCAAGUUAUAUUCCAAGGCGAAAUAGCGAGGUCUAGUGGGGCGCUUAAAGGACACUUGCAGUCUUUUGGUGACACAAUCUUAUUCACAAAAGACUCGUGCAUAUUAGAACGUAUUCUGGUGAACGAUAAAAAUUUCCAAGAACUACUAAAAGAGAGCGACACUGGCAAUGACUACGGAAUUGUGGAGAAGCGUCCUCCCACCGCCAGCGAGAGUCGCGCCCCCAGCCCCGCCUCACACCACACCUCACAACUCACCGCACAAGAUAACAACACCACCAAGUAUGUCGCCAACGUCGUCAAAAUUGUCUUGAUGUCAAAUUGGGGACAGAAACAUAUUAUAGGACUCACGGGUAUAGAGAUCCUUCGCCACAAUAAGCCGGUGGCGGUGCAGCGUACGUACGCGUACACCGCGUACAUCAGCGACGAGCGUAUGGACGAGUGCGACAGCGUGGCAGACUGCCGUAGUCUCUUCAACGGCACCAACAUCACCACACACUUCGAGAACAUGUGGUGCACGAACUUUGCGCCCGGCACCAAAUUCUGUCAUAUCGUUGCAGAGUUGCAAGAACCCACUGUUAUAACUAGUAUAAGAAUAUGGAAUUACAACGGCAGCCUGGAGCUGUCUUACAUAGGCGCGAAGCACGCGCGCGUAUACGUGGACGGAGGCGCGCUGCACUGCCGGCCGUUGCUGUUGCGUCGCGCGCCCGGCGAUACAGCAUACGACUACGUGCAGCACAUCGACCUCGCGGACAUUGACGACAGAUUUGAGGAAUCUCCAGAGGAGAGUUACCGCAAGGAGUGUGCGGUAUUCGGUAGUGGUGGGGGCGGAGGCGCGCCCACCGGCUUCGUGCUGCAGAUCAGCAUCUUCUCGACGUGGGGCGACCCUUACUAUGUGGGUCUGACUGGAGUCGAACUGUACGGUCCCGAUGGCAACCUGAUACCGGUCACCGAAACUAACGUGUGCGCGCACCCGUCGAGUGUGAACGUGCUGUACGAGCAGGGCGGGGACGCGCGCACUCCUGCGCGUCUCGUGGACGGCUGCAACGCGCGCGCCGCACUCGCGCACCACUCCUGGCUCGCGCCCAUACUCCCGCACACACUCAAUAGGGUAUUCUUUGUGUUCGACGUGCCGGUUACAGUUUACGGAAUGAAGAUAUGGAACUAUGGUAAGACGCCGGCGCGAGGGGUUAAGGAGUUUGCGAUCCUAAUGGACGAUUUGCUGGUAUACAACGGUUCGUUGGAGCGCGUCAAGGGCGAGGAGAUCGCGCCGCAGUGGAUAUGUCUGCGCAACGACGACCCAGACAAUUUACCCAGUCCAUCGAACAGCAGUCGGAGGUCAACGACGAGCGGCUCGUACCACUCCGCGGACCCGCGCGCGCGCCCCCACACCAGCGUACUCGCUGACGUACACACAUACAAAUACUGAUGCACACAGACAACAUAAAACGUUCCACAAGUUUGUUCAAUAAAGAGAAUCAAUCCGAAUGGAAUAAAGCUUAAAUGGUCCCUAAAAUCUUGGUCUUCAGUAUAAUCCAAUUGUAACGUAAUUUAUUUUUCAUUUCUAUGCAUUCUUAUCGCCUUUUUUAUCCUAUAGCCGCCUAUUAUUGUGGCUGUUGACACUAAUUAAAUCUGACUUAGACAAUAUGUGUCAAAAAUGUCACUGAGAUGCAAAUGUCAGUGAGAGCAUGUGUGCAAUGACAUUUGUAUUGACCACAGAUAAAAGAAAGGGCAUAAGAUGUUAGUAACUUUUCUACUUAACCAAGAUAUAUAUUGCAAGUGAAUGUGAUGUAAAAAUGUACGUAAUGAACAAUUUUAAAGCUUUAAAACUUUGCCCCAUUUUUAUACCGUUUUAUGAAAUGAGUUUGUUAAUUUUUCAAAGAACAAUUUUUACUAUACGAUUAUAAAA